UGGAAUGAGGAACCCCCCCGAAAGCCCACACCGUGCAGGCUGCGACUGGACGCCCGGAGCUGCUGGGUGACAGGACAUGGGGACUCUCCCCGCUAGCCGGAACCUACCCAGCCCAUACAGCGCAUGGAUGGUUCUAAUCCUGGCAGCCUCCGCCCUGAGCUCCUCCCUCCAGCCGGCGCAAGCCCGGGACGGACUCACCAUCAGGCGGGAACCGGCGACCCUUGACGUGGGCGGGGACAUGACCCUGGUCGUGCUGGGCAUCGACCAGACCCUCCUGGUCUGCAGCUGGUACCGAGGGGCAGAAGCUGGCAUUGCCGCAAACUGGAUCCUCAGCUACGCCCCGUCCGCCACCCCCCAGAAAUUCUACGGCCCGGCCCACACGGGGCGGGAGACGGUGGGGCCCGGCUGCUCCCUGCACAUCACAGGGCUCAGGGGCACCGACGCCGGCAGCUACACCCUGACUGUACAGGGUCCUGGGUACAACCAGGCCAUCUCCAUGAGCGUCUCCUUCUCCGCCCGACCAGUCCCCUGGUUCCUGGCUGUCGUCGUGGGCGUGCCGUUGGCAGUUCUGGUGUGUGUGGCCCUGCUGGUGACUUUUAUCGUGUGUAAGAGACGUCGCGGCUCAGGUACCAGCAACCUGAUCGAACCCCCCGGGGAGAGAACAGGGAUCGUUCCAAAGUAGAAGAACCUGCCCCUCGGGCAGGGCCAGCUGCAAGUGCCAGGAACUCAGCCUGCCUGAGAUUUGCCGGUGCCCCUCACUCCCGACCCACAGCCCCUGGCUACCCCAUCACCAGGCUCCCCCUCCCAGCUCUGCCGGUGCCCCUCACUCCCGACCCACAGCCCCUGCCAGCCCAGCACC